GUGAAUACAUAAGAUUUAUCGUACUCGUGAAACAACAACUAGCGGUGUGAUGAUGGCGGACACAACAGAGAGUCAGAUUAACAUCGUGUGUAUGGAUGGAAGCGAGGAAGCCGACAAAGCCUUUCAAUGGUACAUUAGGAACGUUCACGGUGACAGUAGUUACGUCAUCAUCGUUCACUGCGUGGACCACCGGAAGCUAAACACCUAUGGAUCUAUCUGGGAUCCAACCGACUACAAGUUGCUAAUACAGACCUUUCGUGAGGAGGAAAGACGCGCAGACCAGACAGUGGAAAAACUGCAGCAGGCCUUGGACGCUUCCCAGGUGAAAGGAGAGGUCGUGAAACUGUCUGGAGAAGCUGGUCCAACGAUAAUUAAAAUCGCGGAAGAGCGGAAAGCGAACAUGAUAUUAACGGGGUGUAGAGGACUUGGUACCAUCAGACGUACAUUUCUCGGAAGCGUUAGUGACUACAUCAUUCAUCAUUCCCAUGUACCCGUACUGGUUUGUCGACAUUGAAUUAGUACACGAUUCAUAACAGGAUUACAGGAUAUCAAAUCCAUCAUUCCCGAGAACUCACGAUCAAUUACAGCAUCACAGGACGUCGAAUCCAUCAUUACAGUAUAAACGCGUACUCACGAUCAAUAACAGGAUUACAGGAUUACAGGACAUCAAAUCCAUCAUUUCAAAAAACACCACGAUAAAUUACAGGACCAACACCGCAGGUGCUUGUUUGGCAUCAAAAACGACGACAAUGUUGCGUUUUAUCUGUGAACUACACGUAACCUAUAGGGACGCAUGAAGAAAAUAUAUCAAAUUGCUUUAUUUUGUUGAAACUUAAGAAGAAAACAACGCCCUCAUCUAUUAGAGUUAUGUUUAGACCGUGUUAGUCUUAGACUGGUGUCCAGUCAGUGGUCAAAGUUGGCAUUCGACCUUAAUAUAUUGUAUGAAGAGCACACACGUACAGGGGCAAAACAUUGUACAUCCGUCACUAGUCCGAAUUAUUCUGACGUUUUAUCGACUUUUUAUAUCAGUCUAUCGACGACAAACCGAUCUAAAAAAAAGUCGAUAAAACGUCAGAAUAAUUCGGACUAAUCCGUCACGUGUAUCACGCAGCAUCCAUUUAGACUGUAUUGUUAAUGUCUGCACGUUUGUACAAUUGUACUUACAUGUGCUCAAUCUUACUUACCUAGUGAGAUUAUUAAAUUAAUUACAUAAUAAUGCAGUAUUUGUCAUUAAUUCAUCCAAAAGGAUGUUAGCACAUCCAUCAUUUCAAAGAGCCCACGAUCAAUUACAGAUUACAGGACGUCAAAUCCAUUCAAUUUUGAUUCUUGUAACAAAAUGUCAGGGCCAAAAGGUCGUUCAAUGUUGAAAUGUAACAAGAAAGAAAUUGCUACUUAAAUUAUACAAUGUACUCAAAAAAGUGUUUUUUAAUCUAGAUUUCGCUGAUGUGAUAAAACUUAAAAAGAAUAUAGAAUUUGCUGAAAUUUAUGGGAAACAAUUAGUUUAGGGUACAACAGAAGGAGCUCCAAUAUAGAAAUGCGUCUUUUAUCAAACUAUGAACAAGUAGUAUGUACAUCGUCUUUUGUCCAUGUUACACACUAUAAUUAUUAUCAAUUUGAAAUUAACGAUUUGGAUAUGAUUUUCUACCCUUUUGGCCCAUAGCUAGCAUUAUGUUGUAUGGCGCAGUGUAAUUCACUUUUCGCAUAAUGUAUCUAUAGAUUUAUUUUAAAUGUGCAAUCAUGCACUAGUGUGUCAUAUAUUCGUUUUUCUAAACCAUCGUC